AUCCGAACGAACGACAGCAUGGACCAAGAGCAGCGGGGAAAGAAGCUCUACUCGUACCCGAUCCUCAAGCUGCAUGAGAUCGUCGCGAGCCUUCGCAGCCUCAACAUCGCCUUCGUGGAGGACGACCUCCGCAGCUGCCAGCCCGACGCGCUGCGCAAGAUCCUCGAGGAGUUCAUCCGCAACACCAUGGGCAUCGGCCGAGACGAGAUGAGCCAGCCAGCGCUGGUCGGGCUCAGUGAGCUCACAGUCCAGCUGCACAGCGGCUCCGUGGGCGAGAUCACGUACUUCCGGACGAUCUCCCGGCUCUUGGCGACGGCGGGCUUGCGGGACUUCCGAUGGGACGACGUGUACAAGCCGACGCUGAAGCGCUACCGUCGCAUCUUAAGCGCAUUGAUCAACUUUACUCGGUUCCGCUACGAGCGCUGGGCCCGAGUCGGUCAGAACGAGGACAAGCUUGUCCGGAUUCGCGCAGAGCGUCAAACCGCCGAAGAAGAGAACGCUACGUUGCGACGACAGCUUGUGGAUCUGCAAAGCGAGCAGAGUGCCGAAGCGGAAGCGCUCCAAAAUGCCAUGGAUGAGUCCUCGGCGCUCGAAGACGAGAUCUACACGCUGAACAAGCGCCAAGCUGUCGUACGUCAUGAGAAUACUGGGCUCAAGGCCCAAUGCAGUCACCUGCGCGACGAAUACGCGUCGCUGCGCAUCGAUAUCUCGGAAGCCAAGGCCUCCGUGAACAAGCUGGAGUCAAAAAUCGUCAACUCGCCGGCUCGGUUCAAAUCGGUACCUUCAGACAGGACCAAUGUCCUUUCGCCACGAACGAUCUAA